AUGGAGAUCCCCGCGCCGCUGCUCAAUGGCUCCAUCACGUACCUGGUGCUGACACUGCUGGCCUGCUUCGCGGGCAUCGGCAUGGGCGUCACGGGCAAAAUGAGUCGCGAGAACUCGUCAGUGUUCACGCUGCUAGCCUUUAUGACCGGCAUCUGCCUCUGGAUGUUCUGGGCAUGCUGUUGGCUGCACCAGUGGCACAUCCUUGUGGUCCCCACGUACGGCGCAGAAUAGGAAGGACCCGCUUGAAGGAACAGGAAGAAGGAAGGACGGAGAGAAAGCAGGUGACAUCUUCUAGAGCCGGCGACAGAAGUUGAUCCUUCGUCAGGCGGAGCACCUGCUUCCUUAUAAACAAUGGAGCGGAAUACGAAGUCGGAUUUAUUUUUUC